GAAAAAGAAAAAAAAAGAAAUUUUUGGGUACAAAGGGGAGGUUGAUAAGUUGACCUCAUUUAAGAGUUAUUUAGAAGUCAAAGUUCAAAAAAGACUAAUUUUCAAGAUAUUUUAUUCUCAUUCAAAAAUUUUUUUAAAAAAUCUUUAAAAAGUUGUCCUAAGUCCUAAGAAAGUUAAACCAUACAAAUUUCCUAACAUUAAUAUAUAACAUCACACCAGUGAAUAAGAGUUAAAAUGUGUAAAUAAGACGUAGAUGAAAAAAUACAUAAAUGUUUAAUAUUGCGGUAAAAGUAAAGCAAACGAUAAACCCCGGUCGCUAUAAUUUUUUAACUGCCCCAUAUUACACAAUCCCAGCGAAUAACGGGAUCACUGCAAUGUUUGGUGGGCACAGAAAGUACUAUGAGUUUAGAGGGCUUCUUGUGGGUGUUAACAAAGUUAUUGACAAAUAAAGUUUCAAUAGCAGUCUGUAAGACCGACAUUACAGGUUAAAGGUUAAGUGUUGACGUCUCGAUAAAAUGAAACGGAAUUAUUAUAAUAUUUAAUAUAUGUCGGUCUAGCUUUUAAUAGCAUUUCUAAAUUCGUAUUUUUCAAGUAUUUAUUUCCAAAAAUGUAUAUCUAACUCGCAAAAAAAUGAGGGAAGAUACAGAGAUACAAUGUAUUUCAUAAAAAAGUUAAGAGAUAUGGUAUAUAUAUGAGAGUAUGUGCUCGUCGUCAUAAUAACUAUCACGUCGUAACGUCGCGGAUAUCGCACCCUGAUUCGAGGACAUGAAAUUCCGAUUGUACGUUGCGGGAAGAACAUGACAUUUCUAUCAUUGACUCACACACGCCCGCACACUAUAACGACAUCGAAUCUGCGACAAUAGUUCUUGUUAGACAUCGUAGGGAAGAGAACCACUCGGAAUCCCAUUUGUGAUGAAUGCGUCUUGCGCAGAUCCGGGAACGUAUCAUCAUUAGAAUCGUAUUAUUCGGAGUGAGAGGAAUAUUCCUCAUCAAUUUUAAUAAAAUUAUCAUUAGAGAUUUUAGAGAUAAUUAAAAUAAAUGCUCGACAUUUUAUUCGUUUUAUUUUAUUUAUCUAUUUUGUUCGAAAUAAUCAAAGAAAAAUAACGGACCUGUAAAAAUAAUGAAGACAUUAUAUGGAAUAACUGACAUGAAAAGAUACGCGUGCGUGAUGGCUUUUUUAUUCGUCGGGCAACAUGUCGGAAAGAGUGACAUUGUAACAGGAAGUCUACUCUCGGCGGAAAUAUACCUCCGAUAUUAAUUAUUCUCUGCAAGGGAUAGCGGUGCGCGAAAAUCCGUAAUGUUCGGAGCGCGAUGAAAAAAAGAUUUCUGGCAGGUCAAUCCGAGAUAGUCAGACAGCUUUAGCAAGUCGGUAGACCGAGCUGCUCGAUGGCUGUCCAAUGGUUGAGCCAAAUUGAAAAUUUCACGCCUGAUGGUACACCCGUCCGUGAUCCGCAGGGGUUUCAUCGACAGAUGCUGAGGAUUUUGCAUAACCCUUUGCUCCCGCAGACUUGAAAUAUACGGGAGAAAAUAUUGCAGGAACCGCGUGCUGCACGUUCAAGGAUUUAUUAUUGAUAUUUCCCAGCUUCUGAAUUCUGAGAAGUCGAAUGGUAUUUCCGCUCAGUCUGCCGCGCUAUAGAAGGAAGUGGAAUAAAUCGCGAAGUCGAGAGAAGCAUUUCCUCACUACGAUAGUGAUGAGAGGGAAAAUUUUUAUUCAGCUAAAAUGUCUACAAAACUGUACACCUGAAUUCUUGUGAUUUUAAUCUGUUUGUACAUGUAUACGUAAUGCGUCCCGCAGAAGACGCACACUUUAACUGAACCGUGGAAGAUUCGUAGUUACUUCGCAGGGUGAUCUUCAUAUUAGAGCCGCCAGACCGGAAGACGGCAGAGCAACGUAUUCGUGUUUAACCCUGCAUGCCUUGACCAGCGAACGAAGAAAGAGCGAGCCCGCCACUUUAACAGUCACGGAACCAACCGGUUCCACGCCGCCGCGAUUGAUGCAACGAUCUGAAAUCGCUAUUUCCGCCGAAAGCGGCUCCGACGUUCACCUCACGUGCUCGGCGCAAGGAAGCCCGCCGCCGCAAUUUACCUGGUAUCGCGAUGUUAAUGGCCACUCGAUACCAGUCGAAUCGUUCGGUCGUAUACAGCUUUGGGGUGACCUGAUGCAAAUUCGUCGCGUAGAUGCGCAGGACGCAGGAAGAUAUGUUUGCCGGGCCAGCAAUCAGCUUGGCGAGCAACGAGCGGAGACGCACUUGUCAGUCACAUCAAAGCUAAAUGCCCGGAUUCAGCCGCGUGUACAGGUCAUUAAUUCCGGCGAGACCGCCACGAUGAACUGCACGGUCGAAGGAUAUCCGGUCGAGAGCGUUGAGUGGCUACAUGACGGUGUGCCAGUAUUGACCGCGCAGGACACGAGGAUCAGAUUGUUGGCUCCCUUGGUGCUCGUGAUAGGCUCCGUUGGUCGUAGGGACAAAGGGAUGUAUCAAUGUUUGGUGAGAAGCGACAAGGAAAAUGCUCAGGCCACCGCCGAACUCAAGCUCGGAGACACGGUUCCGGAACUGCAGUACACAUUUAUCGAGCAGGCGUUACGACCGGGCCCGCCGGUCUCUCUGCGAUGUUCCGCUACCGGUUCACCGACGCCAUCCUUUACGUGGCUACUCGACGGUGAACCACUGAGCCAGAUUGCGACUGGACACAGAUACGCGAUAGGCCAAUACGUGGAUCAAUCCGGUGACGUAAUCAGUCACUUAAACAUUUCAUCGGCUGGAGCCGAGGAUGGUGGCCUGUACGCUUGUGUGGCGUCCAAUACUCUGGCGACUGUCGAGCACAAAGCUAGGUUGAACAUUUACGGACCACCCUACAUCCGAUCGAUCGGACCAGUUCGCGCCAUCGCCGGUGUCGACAUUACAAUAGCGUGUCCUUACUCAGGAUAUCCGAUCACAUCGGUCGGAUGGACUCGAGGUGGUGCCGAAUUGCCCUUUGACAUCAGGCAGCGGGUCGACAGCGAGGGCCACCUUACAAUCCUCACGGUAGACCCGAACGAUGCCGGUACUUACACGUGCAUAGUUCGAGCAAGUUCCGGGGAAACCGCCAACAGAGAUAUAUUAUUAACUGUUAAUAGUCCCCCAGUAAUGAGCCCCUUCAACUUUCCCGCGAAUUCGCAAGAAGGCAGUCGUGCUCAAGUGACUUGUAGUGUGACGUCGGGUGAUCUUCCAAUCUACAUUUCCUGGUUGAAAGACGGCGAACCACUGCCCUCUUCCCUUCGCAUCGAAGAACGAGGUGCCGAGUUCUUCAGCAUCCUUGUAUUCAAAGAACUAUCGUCACGGCACAGCGGCAAAUACACAUGCGUGGCCACGAACAGUGCCGCGAAGGUCAACCACACGGCCGAACUUUUGGUAAAAGUACCACCUCAAUGGAUAUUCGAACCGCUAGACGUGGCAACCCUUUUGGGCAACCCGUUAAAUGUCCAUUGCGAGGCCAAAGGUUUUCCACCGCCGCGUAUCACAUGGCUACGUGCCAGAGGCAGAACGUCCAACGACUAUCAGCCGCUGGUCGAUGGGUCCGAUGGUAGACUCACGAUAUUGCCUAAUGGGUCUUUGUGGACGGCUUCCGCCGGUCCGCAGGAUGAGGGUUACUAUCUCUGUCGGGCUAACAAUGCUAUCGGUUCCGGACUCAGCAAAGUGAUAUAUGUGUCAGUGCACGAACCGGCGAGAUUCGAGUUUCAGAGUAAAAAUGUAACAAUUCGCCGUGGAGAAUCCGUUACUAUCGAUUGCACUGUGAUCGGCGAUAAUCCUAUAGAGGUUCAGUGGAUGCACAAUAGUGAUCGAUUGGAUAUGAGCAAUCAUAGACUAAGCAUCGGUCAAAUAAAGACUGACAACGGCCUCAAAUCCCAAUUAUCUAUCGCAAACAGCGAUCGGCAAGAUUCUGGAGUCUACAGAUGUACCGCUGAUAACGCUUACGGAAGAAGUGAACAUCUGAUUUAUUUGGCAGUCCAAGAGAGGCCGGAUCCUCCAGCUGGACUCGAAGUAAUAGAGAUCGGUUCCCGAUCAAUACGGUUAUUAUGGAAGCGAGCCUUCGAUGGAAACAGCCCUAUAAGAAAUUAUGUGAUACAAUACCGCUCGCUGAGCCACGGUAUGACCGAUGAUUGGAAUCCCGUUAAAACGCACAAUGUCACGUACACGCCAGGAAGCUCCAACAGUGGUAAUUCUAUACAUCCGACUCAAAAUGGCUUAUCUCCGUUUGAAACCACCGGCGAUGACCAAGAGGUAGCUCUAGUCGGUGGUCUUCAUCCAGCUGUCACCUAUACCUUCAGGAUAUUCGCUAUAAACUCUAUCGAUGCGAGCGGACCUACGGAAGCAGUCGUGGCGAAGACUCAGGAGGAAGCACCCACUGAACCGCCGCAAAGCAUCAAAGUGCAAUCCGCCGGGCCUGGAGAGCUCAUGGUCAGCUGGCAAUCGCCUCCAAAAGAAUCGUGCAACGGGGAUCUAUUAGGAUACAUAGUGACGUGGUCGGAACAUUCGUCGUCGACUUCGGGUGUCAAUCAAAGUAAAAGUUUAACCGUAAAUGGUUGGGCGACGACAAAGGUACAGCUAACCGGUUUAAGAAAAUUUACGAAAUACGACAUUUCGAUCAGAGCCUUCAAUAGCAUAGCCAGCGGACCAGCAAGCGCUCCCAUCGUGGGUACUACUCAAGAAGGAGUACCGGAAACGCCACCGACUCAGGUGACAUGCGUUCCAUUGUCUUCCCAAAGUGUCAAAGUAUCUUGGAGUGCGCCUCCUCCUCAUCAACACGGCGGAAUUAUUCAAGGAUACAAAGUCUAUUACAGGCCGGUUCCUACUGAUAACAUGGAUAUAUCGACGGUCGGCGAAGUUAAAAGAACUUCCAGUAUGGACACUUACUUACACACUUUGUACAAGUACACGAAUUAUUCCAUCAAGGUAUUGGCUUAUACAGGCGCGGGUGAUGGAGCACUGAGUCCACCGAUCUUCUGCAUGACAGAAGAGGAUGUUCCAGGCCCGCCCGGUGGCAUUAAAGCACUGGCGUUAACGGCAGAAAGUAUAUUGGUUUCCUGGUUGCCCCCGUUGCAACCCAAUGGAAACGUCUCAAAAUAUACUGUUUACAGCAGAGAGGCUGGCUCUAAAAAUCAUAACGCGCACACGAUGCACGAUCCGCCAUUAUCGCCCACGGACACCCUUACGAUGGAAUUACGAGAUUUAGUGGAAAGACAAUUGUACGAAUUCUGGGUAUCGGCAACGACCGGUCUUGGAGAAGGGGAACGAACUACCAUAGUUACGCAAACCACAAAUACCAGAGCUCCCGCUAGAGUGGCAUCGUUCUCACAAGUAUUAAAAAGAGCUGUAAAAUCGUCGAUUACGCUGUCGUGUUUAGUGGUCGGAAACCCUACACCACGACCUACUUGGAUGUAUAGAAACAGUCAAAUCACCACCGGCAGGCAUUACGAACUCACAUCUGACGGACAUCUUAACAUCCGCGGAUUAGAGCAAUCGGUUGCAGGCAACUACACUUGUUCGGCUAGUAAUUUAUUUGGCGACGACUCCAUCACAUAUUCAUUAGUCGUAGUGAUGCCACCUAGAGCACCGUCGUUAGAAUUGCAAUAUACAACAACCAACAGUAUCAGAUUCCGUUGGAAUCAUCCUGACAAUGGCGGUGCUACUAUACAAGGAUACGUGUUAAGCUACAAAAGAGAUCAAGGCGGAUGGGAAGAAAUUGCCUUGUCUCCCGAGCAGACGGAGUUCGUUCUCUCUGGAUUAAAAUGUGGUUCUUCAUACUUAGCGCAUUUAACAGCACAUAAUCGCGUCGACACCGGCGACCCAAGUCCGUUGAUCAGCGCAACAACGAAGGGCACCGCACCCCUAUUGCCUAAGGAAAGAGAAAUUAUUUCGGCAAAUGGCACAUCGGUGAAAUUGAAUUUAUUAUCUUGGCCUAACGGAGGAUGCCCAAUUCAAUAUUACACCGUCGAGUAUCGCAGGCGAAUCAAUACGGAACCCUGGAUUUUGGUGGCCAGCAAAGCGACCGAUAACGUCGUAAUUCGUGAUUUAAAAACAGCAUCGUGGUACAGUUUACGUGUAACGGCUCACAACGACGCUGGCUCGACUCAGACUCAAAUGGAGUUUGCCACGACUACGUUAAGCGGAGUUAGUAUUGGUCCGCCCAAUGAUCUAAUAAUGGAGGACGAUAUCAAGAAGACUGUGCCUAAUCACAAAGUUCUAUAUGUCAUCGUACCGCUCAUCUGCGCAAUCGUUUUGGUCGUUUCUGCUGUUAUCCUGGGAUACGUCAUGCUUAAACGUAGCGGCAGAGGUAACUACCUAGGCGAGAUAUUGCCAGGGCAACAGCAGCAACAACAAGCUGGAUUAGGACUAGUCCCACAACAACAACACCAGCAACAGCAUCAUCACUUGUCCAGUUGUAUGUCGACCGUACAACUCAAGUCAACGGCAGAACGAGACAAUAGACGUAAUCAUCAGGUUUACACUAGCUCGCCCGUGAAGCAAGAAAAUCACAAAUCUGCCGACCAUGGAUCUGAAAUGUACGAGAUAAGUCCAUACGCUACAUUUAGCGUUCCUGGAAGAGAGAAUCGUUCGGUCACAACUGCAACGCUCGAUUACACAAUGCAGUUCAAGACCUUUGGUCAUUUGGAAAACGAGGACAUCAACACUAUCGAUUACGAGAGAUCCAGCGUGGAGUUCGAAAGGUCAAAAACACCAAGGUGGCACAAGCAACGCUACUUUCCGAGCAUCGCGGAAGCCGAGAGCAAACUGCGAUCGAGUCGACAAGGCUCCGGAAGCGACACGUCCGGAAGUCCUUGCGGCGAAUGCGCCGGGCCUAGUUAUAGAGUGCCAGUAAAGCCUUGUAGAGAUGUAUUUUCGCGAGGUGUCGAAUCGAGUACGGAAUCUAACAACGAAGGCUCGCCCUCCCUCGCGAGACGACGAAGCCGACAGCCGAGCCGGUCUACUCGCAGUUCGGUGGAGGAUAUGACGCUAUUGCCGCCAAGCGGGUUCAGUGACAGCCGUGAAUUGAGCGACGUGGAGUGCGACCGUGACCGUGAUCGCGAACGCGAUCGCGAAUGGCAAGGUUUAUCAGCCGGGACCCGUCACGGCGGCAGUUUGGGCAGACUUCCGAUCGAGGCCGUCGAAUCUAUGCUCGCUAGAUAUCAGCAAAGGAAAGAGCAAGAGAGACAAGAAUUCACUAUACACGUAUGAUCGAGAUUCGCUGGUUCGACUUGGUAUCUUCGCCGGACGAUUUAACAUUAUUUAAAAAGAGAUGAACAAAUCAUCUCUUCUUUAAACCAUCCAUCGCCGUUGGAAAAAAAAUUUUUAAUGUGAGGGAAAGAAUGUGAGGGACAAUUUAAUUUUGAAUGAAGAUGAAUAAGUGAUAGAAGAGACUCUCAGGUCCAUUUAUGUCGAAGAGGCGUCUCGAUAACUCAUCUGCAUCGCGCCAACUACUGCCGUUACUAUAUACAAAACAUGGCCUUCGUAUACAACCCUGUAUGUGCCACGUGCAACAUAUAACGCCGAAUUUCGGAAAAAAAGAAAACACCAAAUCCUAUCGGCGACAUACUCAAUUAAGCAAUCGAGAAAUAACAAAAGCAUUCGAUGAUUAACUGCAAUGCAUGUUUUUUGAUAACAUUUAUUCUUUCUAUCACCGAAUUACAAUUGCAUUGUCUUACCGUACGGAACGUGAUUACGAUAAAAAAAAAGUCUGACUGACCGAUCCAUUACUUUCGCGACGACCAAUUAUUGAUAUACAGGGUGAACGCCAACUUCCAUGCGAGUACCUCCAUUUCAUUAGUGCGAUCUACUUAUUAACGAGCGAUUCUAUGUACGAUUAUAGGAAUGACCGAUUAUUCGCGAUAAUGAGUAUUGCGUUUUAAAAGAUUUUAAAAACGCUAUUGCAGCGUUACACGUUAUCCCCGUAAGAAAUAGGUCAAUUAAUUCGAGGCCAAUGGCAGGCGUUUUAUUCGAAAUAAAACGAAAUUCAUAAUCUUGGCAAUCGAAAGCUGAUUCUCAAAUUCCUCGGUUUAAAAUAUUUCGAAAGUUCGCUUCGAUUUGAUUACAAUGCAAAUCAACUAUCAAAUUUUUCUCAUGUGAACAAUUUUUCGAAUAGUGCCAACUUUAUUAGAAAUGUAUAGUAUUAAGAACGUCGUGAGAAAAAAAAAACGAAGACUUAGAAAGGGCUUACGUGUGUCCCUUUCUCUGUCCUAAUUGAACGUAAUUGUGCGCUAUAACAAAUAGUAUUUACAAAUCGAUUAUCCGAAUAAGAAAGCGUCUAGCGCCUUAACUAUGUAAAUAACUGCUCUUUGAGAAACGACACUUAUCGAUGUGAUCGUAAAAUACGCUAACGAUUAUGAAAAUACCACGUGCACGGAGAGUCGUAGUGUGUCCGCAGAAAGACAAGAUCGAGAAUCGUGUAGCGAUAUAGUGCGAUCGAGAAAACUGUAGCUUCUCGCCAAAAAUUCAAUUUUUUUUUUAAGACUUUUCCCGUAACAUGAGACUGAUCGUUAACCGAGUACGCUUACACUGAUUUCUGCCAAGAAGAGUGAACGAUUAAGCAUUCCAAUCGAGCGACACUUCAUGACGAUCAUGUCAAAAAAAAAA